ACAGGCUCCCCGCUGAGCAGGGAGCCCGAUGGGGGGCUCGAUCCCAGGACCCUGGGAUCAUGACCUGAGCUGAAGGCAGACGCUUAACGACUGAGCCACCCAGGCGCCCCUAACCUUAACUCUUUUUAAGCCUUGACUACACAUGCACCGAGCCCGGUGCUUAUAGCCGUGGUUACAUGAUUUUGUAUUACUGUCUUCCUGUUGCGGAUAAAGGGACUGACCUGAGAGGUAUUUAAAUAAUGUCUUCAAGGUCGUAUGGCUAAUUCUAUAGAUGAGGAAAGAGAUGUAUCAGAAGGGUAGAAUGGCGGUCCCAUGGUGACUCAGCUAACUCUCGGCAGAGCCUGCAAUAGAACCCCGGACUUAGGACAUCAGGUCCUGGUUCCUUUGCACUCAGACAUGCUGCUGCUUGGGGACCAUGAGGCACUGGGAAAUUACCAGAAGGGCUUUAGAGGGUGGGGAGACACCCAGUCAGCCUGUGCAGUGGUGGUCAGGAUUCCAAGGGAGGACGGGAGCCCUAGACGCCCCACAGUGUCCAGGGAAGGAUGUAAGUAGGGCGCGGUAGGGGGAGGUGGUGGUAAUUGAGUUAAUGAAGGGGCCACCUAGAUGGUGAGGAGGGGAGAAAGAGACCCGAUCUGGCAAUUAGGGCCUGCACAGAAGAAUGCCCAUGCCUCCUACCGAGCUUGGGAACACGGGGCUUCUAUGGGAUUUGGCUAGCACGCAUGAACACCCGCAGUGGGAGAUGCACAUACAGAGGCCCUCAGAGGGUUCACCAGGUAGCUGGGAAGACAGAAGGCGAAGCCUGGUCCUCCAGAACAUGGCCGGGUGUCACAAGACCUGGGUUCUAGUUCAGGCUCUGUCAAUAGCUGGCUUUGUGACUGGGGGGCAGUUGCUCUGACCCUCUAGCUCCUACAUCGUAGGAUUAGCGUGUGCCCAGAGCCCCCGGUGGAGUUGGUCUAAGACCAAUGGUUUGGUACACGAUGGCCCACUGCCAGUUUUGUGUGGCUUGUGGGCUAAGAAUAGGCUUUAUACUUUUAAAUGGUUGGGGAAAAAAAUAAAAAGAAGAGGAAUCUUUUGUGCCACAUGAAAAUGAUAUGAAAUUGAAAUGUCAGUGUCCAUAAACGAAGCUUUAUCAGCACACAGCCACACCCGUUCAUUUACCUGCUGUCUGCGGCGGCUGUCACACCCCAAGGGCAGAGCUGUGGACUUACGACUGACCCCGUGGCCAGCAAAACUGAAAAUAUUGGCUAUCUGGCCAAUAUUUACAGAAAAGGCUUGCUGGCCCCUGGUCUAGAACCUGUGUACCUCCCGGGGUCUGGAGAAGCAAUGGUCACAGAAGCCCCUGUGAACCUAGCCCCCCCUGAACGCAGCACCGUCGGCAGCUCGACAGCUGACAGCUUCAUCUGGCAGCCAAACUCGGCCAACAUGCAUGUCCUCAGGCCCAAGUCCGCCAAGGGACGGACGCGGCCCAGUCUGCACAGACCACAGGGCACAGAGCUGUGCCCUCACCGCACGCCAGCCUCCCUCCCUCCAGCCAUCCCCUGCGAGUCGCCAAGCGGCCGGAGACCGGGAGCCUGCGCACCCAAGUCUCCAAACUCGGGAGCUCCUGAUGAGAUCCCUGAGCUGCUGCAACAGGUGCCAGGUGGUGCAUCCUCUUCUCUCAAUAAAUACCCAGUCCUCCCUUCCAUCAACAGGAAGACCCUGGAGGAGGGGUCUGUGGAAGCAGUAGCUAAAAAGGCCGGCUCCCUGCAGCUGGGCAGCAUCCAGGCUCUUGACCAAGAGGAGACUGGCACUGUGAAGACAAGUGAAGAAGAUUCCAGAGCUCCUGCUUGUUCCCCAGAGAGGAAAGUCAUCGUCGAGACCAGGAGACAGACCUCCCCCAGGGCUGGGGACGUGGAGGAGACAUCAGAUCGAGAGCCGAGGCUUCUGCUGGCCAUCAGAUCGCCGUCGGGCCAAAGGUUCGUUCACCAUUUCCGGCCCACCGACGCCUUACAGACCGUUGUGGCCGUGGCCGAACACCAGAACCAGGCCAGCUACCAGCCCUGCAGUAUCACAGUGAUGGGGGUGCCCAGGAGACGUUUCUUUGACCUCACCAGAUCUCUGCAGGAGUGCAAAAUCCUGCACAAGUCGGUGCUGGGCAUUUCUCAGGAAGAAGGGGAGGGGGAGCCCUGAGUCCACAGUCCCCCAGCUGGGAUCCUGGGUCUCUGAGUAAGGAGCACGCUUGGGUGCUGUGGCCUUCCCGGCAGCUCGGUACCAAGUGCCAUGUGAACCUGGUGCGGCUGUGAUCCUUGGGACUCAUCUUCACAGCCCCUCCUCUGAAGGAGUGAAGUUUGCACAUGCGCCAAGCACACUGAGAAGGUUCUCCUCCAGUCGUUAAAUUGCCUCCACCCCUGGAGUGGACUGGCAAGUUACCAGGGCUGUUCCUGUAACCACGGUGACCAGGUCUUCCCCUUCCCCGAGUUCUGGGUCCUUUCUGGAGCACCCGCUUGCCUUUACAAUGAACUCUCACUCUCUUGAAGCCAAUGGUUUGCCUUUCUGUAUUUGAUGCAGGAUUAAAUACUUCCCAGAGAGGAUUCUAGUCUGGUAAAUAACCAGGGCUCAGGAAAUGUCAAACUGGCAUUUGUAUUUCUUGCAAACAUCUUUAAGAAACAGGCAGUUGACACUAUCUUGGAAGCAGCCCCUUUGCUGGGCUUGGGUGGCUAGCGUUUCUUGGGGAUUACUGUUUGUGUGAUGUGGCUUCAGAGGAGAGAAGUCUUUUGCUAAUACAAAUCCCCCAACACAUCAACGUUUCUGAAAUAGUCUGAGAGCUAGAAAGUAAACUGCUUGCACCACCAUGGGUUAGCCAAGUAGCCACUUUUAAAUAGAGAAAAAGUAGGUUGGCAAAUAUCGGUGGCUACUCUCUGUAUGCAGUACUCUUCCCAAACUGAGAAACACCGCUGUAAUCUGAUUUCCUUUGCUUUUGUCACUAAUGGAAUCUUUUUGUUUUUAAACUGUACAAACCUACAAGUCUGUACAAGUUUGCCCCGAAGGCCCCCUUGGCUUAUCUGGGUAUGGAGACGUGGUUUCAGUGUCUCGCCUCCUUCCAACAGAGACUCCCUGGAGCGGGGACCACAGUGCCCCUGUUCUGUGAUUUCGGAACCUCCGGGAGGACAAGGGUGCCUCCAUCGGGCGUCACUUGGCUGCACCUGUGCUGAGAGACCAUGUGCCCUCGUGUCUGUCUGAUUGAAUGCCUUAGCCCGUAGCUGUGUUGAAGACCAUGGGCUCUCGGCUUUCCAACUCUGAAGUGGUGAUGUGGACAAUUUGCCAAAGUUCUCUUGUAUUGGGAGUUCAGCAAGCCUUCCAGCUCUCCCUCAGGAUCCUCUUUGUAGUCAAAUCACCAUUCAGAGUAGGGAAGCUGGUCCCUCAAGAGCUCAGCCAUCACGAAGUGCUGAGUACGGAUGUGCUCUCCCUGCCCCUGGGUACACAGAGAAGGCAGGGGUUCUAGACGCCUAUCAGCGUGGCAGCCUCAGCAGCAAGUGCGUCUUGUACCUAGAUAAGGAAGGCAGCUGGAAAUGUUAAUUCCAGCAACUUGAUACUCAGCCAUGGAGAUUAAUGCCAACAUCAUUUCCUCUAAAGAAGGCUCGCCUUGUCCUUCCUGCAUCCCACACCACCCAGAUCACUCGAGAGUGGGUUCUUUCAGAAUGUGUGGUCCAAUUUCCUAAUACCAGCUUGGUUGCAAAGGUCAGUUGGGGCUUGCAGGGCCUCGGGCAGGCACAUGCAGCUGGCCACCUCUCCCAACCAGCGACCAUGGCAGAGGGGACUGGGGGGUCGAGCCCGGUACUCUCAGUACAGACGUUUACCUCCCACCCAGGACUCAGGUGCAUAUCUGCCUCUGAUCUAGGAGGCUGGGGGAAGAUCCUCCCCAAAAAUCACACCUACUCUAUGGUAAGAAUAAAAUCCCACCCACCUGGGACUCGGUAAUUUCUCCAGGCAGGAAAUCUGUAGAAAACUUCAGUGAAACGGAGCAUGCUCAAGGGAGCUAGAAUCUUCUGCACUUAGGGCUUUGCUGCUGCAAUUUAGCUUGGAAUUUGGGGUGGCAAAAAAAAAGUGGAAGGCAUGAAACACAGAAAUAUUGUAGGGUAUCUUAGGACAUGUGAAUAAAGCUAGAUUUGAGCCACCCUAAUAAACUUCUUUGGGACACAGGGAUGAUGACACAAUAAAAAUUGAUUUGUGUGAAACCGAGUCAGUGGAGAAGCACGGCUUCUAUUUUAGUGCAGGACUCUGGCCACGGUGCUCUGGCGGACAGAGGGGCUCACCCAACCUCACCUUCUUGGGAAAGCACUGGACUCUGCUGUGAAAUCCAAGUCCUCGUCCCCAGGCACCCUGGCUACUCACCCUUCCCAUAGCUCUUGCUUUUAGGUUACAGGAUAGCACCAAGCUCUGUGUGGCAAGAGUCUCCUGAAUUUCCCCUAAAAAUCAUUCCGAGUACUCUCCUUCGGAGUUUGGCAAGAGUAGCCUCCAUCAGACUGUCAGAGGGAUGACUCUGUAGGUGGCACGGUCAUGUGGGCACCCUGGUCUCAUGGGUGGCCUUGGGUGACCACUUUGUAGUCACAGACCUCACUCAUUCAUUGAACCAGUGGUCACUGAGGACCUACCCUGUAUCACACAUGGGUUACUGGCACUGGCGUCCCACCAAGGGACCACUGGCAAGGAAAUGUGAGCCACCUCGGGACUCUCAACUCCAACCCGACCGAGUUGGAUGGCUGUAGAUUUACCUGAGAAGGGCCCUGGAGUGAAGAGCAGAUAGGCUCUUGCUGUCUCCUCGCCGGCCCUGUGGGAAUGCAAAGGCGAGUCCUCCCCCACCUUUCUAGCGACAGCACCAGGAAUAGUGGUCAUUCGGGACGUGAACUUUGCAUAGGACAAAGCUUCAAGACCGGUUUUCCCAGCAUCUCCCCUGAUAUGGUCUAAGAGGUAAAUUAGUCCUGGCAGCAGAAGGAACAGCAGGAGAAACAAGUGACUCAUCAUCUAGAAGCCCCAAAAUUUUCACCAACAGAUGGCAGGUGGUUUUAACACAACAGUCCUUGCCCUGAAAGUACCUGGGGAUCCAGCCACCAGCCGGUAAGCCAGGGCAGUCCUGAUGAAGAGAUGCAGGUGAACUUGACUGUGGGCCAGCAGUCGCUCCAGAGAUCCCGCAGAAAAUAUUCCACAAGCAAAGAAACGUAGACAAGCCUUGAGGUUUCCAUUACCAUGAAAAACCUUAAAGUCUAGUGACCAAUAACUGUCCCAGGCAUGCAUUACAAAAGGAGGCACUCCAGGAACCAAGUUUCGCUUUUGUCCCUGUGCUUUACCACCAUGUCCAGUGGGUUUCUAGUGUCAAAUAAAGCCAUGCUGCCCCAAGGGGCAAAAAUUUCUCUUUACACAGUUUUUUAGUAAGUUGAGAUAAAAGGGUGCACAGUUUCCUGUAGUUUGAGGUGUAUCUUUGACGAGACUUUUAUAUGGUAAGAGGAUCUACUUUCCUACCUUUUAAACGGGGUUGCAAAGAAAACUAGAUGAUUCAACUUCAGCCUUAGUUGGGAGUCAGUCUGCGAACCAAGCAGGAACAUCUGUUUCCAUAGUGCACGGCGAAACACACCACCAUCAAGUGCAAGGUCUGGAGCCCGUUCACCCUCGCCCGGAGCCAGAACCAGCCCAAACCCAGCCAAGGUCAGAGGCCACUGCAGGGGAGUUGGCAAAACCCAAGUGGAGCCUCCUUUUGGUGACUCACUCACGCACAAGACAGUAACUGACGUUGUAAAAAUAAAAUUGGGUGUUUGGUUUUGCGUCUGCACGGGUGAUGUGACAUUUUCCCUUCCUGAGUAGGGCAGCGUCUGGCGGCCCUCUCUGACACCCCUCUGUGUUCCUCUAUCUUCACACCGUGGAGGAAGCGGCAUUGCUCCUGAACGAUUUAUACGGAAGAUCAGAUCUCCGGAGGUAUUUUUGGACACACUUGAAUCCUAUCCCAGGAGGCUGAACCACUGAUAGGACAACUGCUGAUGGGUAUGGUUAAGCAAGCCUCGCUCCGAAGGUCUGCUAUGCUGGCGGGGGCGGGGGGGGGGCACUCUGGGUGCUGUGUUGAGAGUUGACGGCGGGGGUCUGGGUGGGAGAUGGAAGGCCAGCUCUGGCCAUUGCCAGUGACAAGGCAAGAGAUGACCUGGGCCAGAACAGCAACCAUAGAUGUCGUGAGAGGUGUCAGAUCCUGGACACAUUGUCGGUUAAGGGGGGCAAGAAAAGGCAAGAUAGCUUUUGGGAUCUACCCAAGUGGAUGUCACUUGACCAUAUCACCACGGGGCACUCUUCCUGCAAAAACGAGCAAACAAACACGUCAGCCACGAACCUGUGCUGGGCAGGGAGAAGCACCGACCGGCAAAAAUAUUCGUAGGAAAGAAGUGCAUGAGUGCUUUCGGAUAAAGUGUACAGAGGAUCCCAAAGCCAUUGAUGGCUUUAAUUGAGAAGAGAUGAAACUGAAAUUGUCGCUCUUUCACUGAACAUCAAUUAAUCACCAUCUACAUCUUAGGGUAUGAUUCCUGACCAAGGUUCCUUAAUAAACCUGGCUCCAAUAAAAUAACACAUUGUU